UCACAUUUUGUUGUUGUCGCGGUCGGAAAAGCGCACGGAGGCACAGUCGUCGAUUUCGUCGAUUUUCCGUUAAAUACAGCAAAAAAUUCCAAAACAAAUGCGCGCACUUACCGCCGUGUAAAAAGCAACCUAAUAAGGUGUGUUAAAGGCCCAAUUGGUCACAAGAAAAAGUGAAAAAAAGUCAAAAAAUCGAGAAGUUUAAGAAAUUUUUCGUGUGCGCGUUUAGAGCAAGAGAGAGAGCGGGCCAAAAAGAGAGCGAGUGCGAGAGGGCCAUAAUAUUGCGUGAAUCGAAUCGAGCGACACAAAAUUGUUGUAAUUAAUUCAUAUUUAAUUGGCAUUUGGCGUAAUCCGAGUCUGUGCAUAAUAAAGCCCAAAACAAAGUGCAGUCGUCAGUUGUCAGUUGUGUGUGCGUUGUGAGUUUGUUGUGUGUUUUGUAGCGUAAUGCGUAUUGAGGUCACUUUGUACAUAUUAUAGCAGCAGUAAACCGCAGCAUAGGCACGCGUAUUAUAUAUAUAUAUAUAUAUAAAUGUAUAUAAGUGUUGUGUGCGAUUGCCCAAUACCCAUACCAAUGCAGCAAGAUAGCCACCAAUAUUCGUUUUCAUCCCACUGCCCAAGGCGAACAGCUGCUCUCCGCUGCUGCUAUUUGUGUUGUUUGUGCUGUUGAUCGCCGGAGCAGAACCGCAGGGCAGGUGGUGACCAUUGCCCACUGUAUUGUCCGCUGUGCAACACAAAACGGAAAAAAGGCACGCAUUAAUUAUACUACUUAAAAACGGUCUGCAAAUUGUGCUAAACUAAAAGGAAACACAUAGGCAAAAGAGAGAGUGAGAGAGAUAAGAGAGUGGGAUAGCACUGGUGUGGGUGAUGCCUCUGACCCCCUCCAACUCCCACAACCUCCCCCUCUCGCUCUCUCCUCGCUCUCCGCCUUUGGUGUCUUCAUGCUCCAUUCACCUACUUUUACGCGCUCCGUGCUCUCUGCUCUCCACUCUUCAUUCGCCACUGCUGACGUUCGUUUUCUGAAUUCCAAAUGAAGUCAUGAGCAGAUUGUACACAAAAAGAAAUAUUAAUAAACAACGUUGCAAUUAAGGAUAUAAAUAACACCUUGAUUUUACCUGAGUUCGUUCAGUAGUAAAAUUACCCUGAUAAUAUCUUCAGAUUACUUUAAAGUAGUCGAAAAUAUAUUCUAUAGCUAUUAGCGCUUAUCUCUUAAAGCGUUGUCAUUAAAAUUUCGGCAGUUCUUCAACUUAGGAUUUAGAAAUUAAACAUCCCGCGAUUUUUUCUUACAGUGUACAAACAACACAACACGCAGCAAAAUACAAAAGUCGUUGUCGCAUUAUUACAGCCAAAAGAAGCAGAGUGGCAUACAAAAUAAUAAUAAAGCGAAAAAAGUGAAAUUAAGUGUUUUAAAAAAAGAAAAGAAACCAUAAAAAACAUGAACAUGACAUGGCCGCGUCUCGUUUACACAAUAACUCAAAAUUAAUUUAAUAUGCUGGCAAAUGAGCAAAGCGAAAAGCAAGCUAAAAGGCCCUGAACCGACAAGGAGCUCUUAAACGGAGCUGCUGUUAUCGCUAUGGCAGCCGCUUCUGCUGGCCAGCAACAGCAGCAACAUCAGCACCAGCACAAACUGAAUAUUGCUGGGAGUGCUGAGACAGUUGCCAGCGAGAUGCAUCACCAUCACCAGCAGCAGCAUCAUCAGUUUUUCCAGCAGGAGCAGACAAAAUUUGUAUCGCGGGUCGUUACAAGUGCAACGGUGCAACAGCAGCAGCAUACGCAACAGAUAUUACCAGCUGGCUUGGUAAAUGGCAAUGGUAGCGGCAACAUGAUGCAAGUGGCCAAUCUGCAUUUGCAACAUCAACAGCAGCAACAGCAACAGCAACAAACCAAACAGCGCCAGGCGCAAAUAAAGUUGCCAAUAAAGUCAACGGCAACGCAUAUGCCGACAACAAUUGCAUCGCGUCAAAUGAGUCAGAACAAUCAGCUCUAUGCCAAGAAUGUUGCCAAAGCCAACAAUGCCAGUAGCAACAGUAACAGCAACAGCAACAACAACACCAACAGGAAAGCAACUACUAUUACUGGCUACAAUGGAAAUUUGGCUCCUGGCUGGCGUCGCUUGACCAACAACAAUGAGGUGGCCUAUAUAAGCCCCUCGGGCAAAACGCUGCGCACGCAGUUCCAGAUCAAGGACUAUCUGCUCACUCAGGGUACCUGCAAGUGCGGCCUGCCGUGUCCGCUGCGCCCGGAAUAUCUAUUCGACUUUAAUGCCCAGGUGCCCAACAUGCCGCUCAAGUUGCCAAUGGAGGCGUCAACGACAAUGCCAACACCUUGCCUUCAUCAGCGGCGAAUUCUUGAAUCUCAGCAGCUUCAGUUGCCACAACAACCGCAGCAGCAGCAACAGCAGCAGCAGCAAUCCCAACUGCAACAGCAACAUAUACAUUUGCAGCAGCAACAACAACCACAACAGGCUGUUAAAGAUGUAUCGGUGGCAGUAUCCGUAUCUGGGCCAGCAGCUGUCAGUGAUGUGUUCUCCACGCUGAUGACAUCGACAUCAAGAACGGCGACAACGGCAACACCAACAGCAGCAACAUCCACGCCAGCAGCAGCAACAUCGCCAGCUCAAACGGCAACAACCACCACACAUGAAUUGGCCAACAAAGACGCUGAUUGCCACAAAUUUGGCAAUAACAAAUUACCUGCCUCGGUCCGGACCACGACCACGCCCACGUCCAUGCCCAUGCCCGCUUCAACGCCCACAUUCCCGCUACCGAAUGCGAUGCCAACUAGUCAAACAUUAGCAUUAGGCGGAGUUCAAGUUAGCGGCGGCCACCCCAAGCGUUCAACUGGAGGACAUGUGAUAAAGCAGCCAGCCAACGCAUUUGCGCCACCACCCACGCCACCCAUUGUCCCCGGAGGAGCCACAACGGUUAUCCAGCAGCAACAGCAACAGCAACCCCAUCAACAUCCCAACUUUAAGGACGACCCGGCUGGUUAUCUGCAACAGCAAACAGCUAUGUUGCAUAGCAGCCUGGGAGUGGGCUUGGAUGGGACGAAAACAGCGGCAGGAACUGCCACGGCGAGAGCUUUGCCACAGGAACCUAUUGUGCACAGCUCCCAACAGUUGCAGCAUCAACAGCAACUCCAGCAGCAACAACAUUUGCAGCAGUUGCAACGCCAGAAGAUUCGACGCCUUUCGCUCUUCGGGAAAUGGGAAACGGAUCCAGCACCUGCCACAAGUACCCAACCAUCCACUGGACCAAGAACCCUGCAAGUGGACACCGCCGCCUUUGCACGACCCCAGAAACCACAGAUCACUAGCGUGACACUGGUCCCAGCUCCCCAGGAGUCACCAGUAUCGAGUAGUGCCAGCGAAACGUUAGAGAAGCGACCCGAGCAGGUGGGCGCAAUAUCCACCAGUCAUGAGAGCCCGCGACAGAGUCUAUCCUCGCCAACGGAUUCGAUUGAUUCGGCGAAGAGCACGCCCUCCGCUUCACCCAAGCCCCAAAUGCAUGUUCAGAUGCAGCCACAGUUGCUGCAGAUGCGCACGCAGACCCAGGUGAAUCUUCCAGCUCCAGCACCCGUCACUGUGCCUGCCCAUGUCCGUCUAAUGCGUCAGCAGCAGACGCAGAUCAUUCCCGGCCAGCGUUUGGCUGUUCCCAGUAGCAGUGCAGCCCUGGCCACGAUGACCAGAAGCAUAGUUACCUCUUCCGCGGGAGCGAGUACGAUCACGGGUCGCCCGGUAACUACCACAUUGGCCAACUCGAAUCCCACUGUGGCACAGCUGCAAUCGAUGGCCAAUGCAAUGGGUGGAGCAGGUGGUGGUGGUCAAUUAAUAAUGACAUCGUCGGGACAGCUUCUGGUCAUACCCACGCCCAGCAAACAGACGACGCAGCAUCAUCGUCCCGGUCAGCCUGGACAAGGUGUCAUCAUCCAGCAACAGCAGCCGGCCGAGUUACAUCCACAACCGGGAGGUGGUUAUAUCGUCAGCCAACCCUCUCCCGUGGCGACUGCAAGUUCCAGCAGUAGUAGCAGUACUGUGAUCCUGAACUCCGGUGGAGCCAAGCUGUUGCACCACCAGAUCAUCACCUCGCAGGCGGGCCAAAUUAAUCAGGCGACUGCCGGAGGAACAGGAAAUCAACCGCAGGCUGUGCUGCUGAAUACCCUGGCCAAUGGAGGUUACAUCGUCCAGCAGCAACAGCAAUCGCAGGCGCCACACCAGGCUGAGCAGAUCUUGGCCAUGCCGCAGCCGCCUCCAGCGCAGACGCUUAUCAUCAGUUCGCCGGAUACAAAGAGGAGGGCACGGAAAAGGAAGAACUCCAUAUGUCAUACUCCGCCGCCGAAUGGUUCGCCCGCCAAGACUAUUUCGCCACAGAUCUCGCCCAGCAUCCCAAGCCAGGCACCAGCUAUGCUCCACCAGCAGGCAGCGGCGGCAGCUCCUCAGUUUCAACAGCAAUUCCAACUGAGUCCUGGGAUCCAAGGUAUCGUGGUAAACAAGCCCAAUCCUCCACAGGCUCAACAGACGCAACAGCUUCUGCUCCAAAAUGGGCAAAUCCUGCAGCAGGUUAAUCUCAUUGGACAACAGCUUCUUAUGCCCGCCGGAUUGGUAAUGGGACCGGAUGCUACUCUGCUGCAAAUCCAGAACAUGCCCACUACCAGUCUGAUGACGCCACAGGGUCCUGUGAUGCUGCGAACUCCAUCACCCCAGAGCAAGCCCUCCUUUAUUUCGCCUAGCGCUGGGGGUCAACAGUACUUAGUGGGAGCUAAUGGGCAGUUAAGUCCCAUUGGGCAGAUCUAUUCCACACCCAUGGGUCUGGUGAUGCCAACGGGUCAGCAGGGAGGUGCAUCCUUCGUUCAGGCAAGUCCCACGACCACUACCAUCCAGAUCCAACAGCAGCCAGCCCCGCAGCCCACGCAGAUCAGUUUGCAGCCGGCUCAGGCCACCUAUGUGACAGAGACGGUGAUGAGUCGUCAGGGAACAGCUGCCAGUCCGCCGGAUACAACAACCUGCAGUCCACGAAGCCCGGAGCGACCUCCCAGCCAUCGAAGCAGUGGCAGCGAUAUGGUGCAAUGUGUGUCCAGUUCAGAGCCAGAUGCGGCGGUUUCUCCCCAAAGCGUUGAGAGCAGGCAGUCGCCGUCUUCCACGGACUGUGAAAGGAGUAUCUGUAACAACAAUCUGUUCACCCAACCAACUGGAAUCUACAAGCAUUCGGAUCCGAAGAUCAGACGCAUCCACAUCACAUCGCAGUCAGCGGGAGAGAAUGGAAUCAGUCUGAUGCAGGGACAAGGUAUGCGAAUGGCCACAUCUAACACCAACUCCACAUCCGCAUCCAUGUCCAUAACAUCGUCAUCGCCGGCACAACUAACCAACAAUGUGACGGCGGGUCACCGCCAUCAUUUGCUCCGCCAACAGGCCGUGCAACAACACACUCCAAACAUCUCCAACAACAGCCAUUCAAACACCUUCCUUCAUAGCCACAAAGUAGUUAACGUUGACUACCAGGAGUCACCCACAACAACGCAGUUGCAGUCAUCGGUUCCAACCCCUCCGAUCCUAGAGGCUCCAUCAACUGUUGAGAAGGCGACCAACAAGACGCCCACGAAACGUUCACGUCGGCCGCAGCGUGGGGCGGUACGUGCAACGGCCACGCCAAUGGGUAGAAGUUUCCUGUUGCCGCCAAGAUCCUUCGCCAUUGGGGAACUGAUCUGGGGUCCGGCCCGUGGCCAUCCCGCCUGGCCCGGGAAAAUCGUCAAGAUGCCCGACGGAGUGUGCACGCCGUCGCAGCAGUUUGACCACGUGUGGGUUCAGUGGUUUGGCGGCGGCGGGCGCUCCACCUCCGAACUGAUUCCGGUCAACUCGUUGCAGAGCCUCUCCGAGGGUCUGGAAGCACAUCACAAGGCCCAGAAGGAUACGAGAAAGAGCCGCAAACUGAACUCGCAACUCGAGCGGGCCAUACAAGAAGCAAUGACUGAGUUGGAUAACAUUUCAGCCUCCACGAUACCCGCAGCCACAUCCUCAUCAUCAUCAGCUAGCAUUGCCGUUGUUCCAGCAUCGGCAGGACCAGCUGUAAUUGCCGGCGGACAACAGCAACAGCAACAGCAGUAUCAGCAGCAACAGCAGCAGUCGCCCUCUUCAACGAACAACAAAAUAAAUGGACUCGCACGGAGCAAGCGCCAGGCUAAUACAAGUGGGGCCAGCAUGAUGCUAACCACCAGCACGGCGGCCACAUUGAGUGGCCUCUUCAAUCAGCAGCGAGCCAAACCCAUACGCAUAGCUCCAGCUCCACCGGCGGGCGCAACGGGCACUGGUACGCUGCAGGGAGCUGGAGCUACGGCUGUAGCUACGACUGGAACUGGAACCACUCUGGCUCGUUCCGAGAUCCUAAAGCUGACCAAAUGACCAGCGUUGUCGACGUUGUCGUCGACAGUAAGCACAGCCAACUACACGCUCGUCAUUGGGCAUAAGUAAAGCGGGAUGAGAUGCCGCCAGGUCAUACAUAUAUAAAGCUAUCCCAUAUACGAUACGAGUAUAGAGUUUAGUGUUAGAUGUCAGGCCUCAGCUUUGGAGUUUGUUGUUUUGUAUUCUUUACCAGACUCUCUCACACGACUCCCCGCUUAGUUGCGUCGUUGGGCGGCGCGCGCCACACUUUUGAAAUAGACAAUAAAACAGCAAGAUGAUGUUAAUGAAAAUCAAGUUACAAAGAAGAGUUCUAACAAUAAGCAGUAGGUUUGCUUCUUAGAAAAGCGCCACGGCGCAAUUUUGCGUUGUUUUGUAUAUAGUAAACACCCCCAACCCCAAGCUACAGAUGUUAGUACUAAGUAUUUAUUUAUUGCAUAUAGACCCUUGGUUUUUUUCGUAUAGGUUUUGUUUUCGUUGCAAUUUUAUAGACUUAACCAUUAUUUUUAUAAAUAGAUAGCCUUAGCUGAUACUUAGCCACUAAGUUAAAAAUUGAGUAACCAACCACAAGAGGGCAGAUCUACGCAGUCAUUGCGUCCAAAAUUAUUACAUUUGCUUAAUUAAGCAAUUAACUUUGAAUCAAAAGCAGCUUCUGAUUUUCAUUUAUUGCUUGAACCCAAAAUGUUUUAUAAACUCUAGAAGAAGAAAUUAUUUAUGUCGAACACAAACGAAAACCCUGAGUAAGCGAUGAAGGAGGAAUGAAAGAAAUUAUAUUUAUAAAUUGUUAUUAUUUAUUUAGUUGAAACUAUUGUAAAAUUAUAAUUGUAAAACAAAAUACAAAACGAAACCACACUUAGCGGAACCACACAAAACAAAUAAAAAGUCAAAAACCAGAGAACUUAAAUGCUUUAUUGAA